AUGGGAUAUGAGAAAUAUAAUAUUGGAUCUGAUGGAGAUCCAAAGUUUGUCAAUAUUGGCAAUAACUGCACUUCAGAUGAGAGAGAUCAGUUUAUUCAGCUUUUGCGCCAAUACCAUGAUGUCUUGGCGUACUCAUAUGAUGAUCUGAAAUCUUUUCAACCCAAGGAAGUGCAGCAUGACAUUCCUCUUAAGCUUGGUGCAGAACCUUUUAGACAGAAGCAACGCCAGUACAAUCCAAAGAUUUCAGGUACCAUUCUUUCUGAAGUUCAAAAGAUGCUUGAUGCUCGGAUUAUUUUUCCCAUCCAUCAUUCAACAUGGUUGGCAAACAUAGUGCCGGUGCGUAAGAAGAAUGGAGAAAUACGAGCUACUUUCCAGCGAGCUAUGGACUUGGCUUUCCGUGGUAUUGUUGGAAGAUAUAUUGUAGUAUAUCUUGAUGAUCUUACUAUUUUUUCUAAAGAUCGUGAGAAUCAUCUUUUUCAUCUACAAGAUGUACUUGAAAGAUGUCGUAUCCACGACAUUUCUCUUAAUCCCAAGAAGUCAAUUUUUGGGGUGACGGAGGGAAAACUUCUUGGUCACAUUGUUUCCAAGGAGGGGAUAAAAGUUGAUCCUGAGAGGGUUAAAUCUAUUCAGAAUCUCCCUUUGCCAUCCAACAAGACUGCCGUCCAUUCCUUUUUUGGUAAGGUUAAUUUUCUACGAAGAUUCAUUCUUGACUUUGCGGAGAAGACUCGUCAUAUUGUGGACAUGAUGAAAGGAAAGUCUUCCUUCCAUUGGGAUUCUGAAGGAAGGGCAGCAUUCAAUGAAAUUAAAGAUGCAAUUGCUCAUGCACCUGUGUUGAAUGCCUAUGCGGUUGUUAAAGCAGUCAAGAACUUUCGUUUCUACAUCUUGAAUUCUCAUACCGUUGUGUUAGUUCUUGAUACAUCAGUCAAAUCUAUCUUAACACAACAGGAGUUUGGUACAAAAAGAGGAAAUUGGAUUGCUAAAAUCCAAGAGUAUGACUUGGAGAUUAAGCCUACAAAGCUUGUUCGAGGAAGAGGACUCUGUCAGUUGAUGGCAGAAGGUAUUCCAGAAGAGAAAGAAUUGAAUGAUUGUGAAAAUCUUCCCAAGGUAUUGUUUGUCAGCACUACCGAUGAAUGGUACUCUAAUAUAGCAUUUUUCUUGACUUAUGGCGAAUGUCCACAACAUUUGUCAUUUAAAGAAAAAAGAAGCAUCAAGUUGAAAGCUGCAAACUUCGUAUUAUGGGAUACUGGUUUGUAUAAGAGGGCAAUUGAUGGUACUUUCCUUCAUUGUGUUGACAAAGCACAACAAACUAAAUUGUUGGAAUCUUUCCAUGAAAAGGCUUGUGGAGGACAUUUUUCCGCACCAGUGACUGCUCACAAAAUUUUGAGAGCAAAGUAUUAUUGGCCUACGCUCUUUCAAGAUGCUUUCCAGUGGGUGCGUAAAUGCGUACAUUGUCAGCAGUUUGUAGGCAAACCAAAGCUUGCAGUGUUACCAUUAAAGCCGGUUAUUGUUGAAGAACCUUUCCGGCAAUGGGGCAUUGAUUUCAUUGGUGUGAUUAAUCCCUCUUCAAGUGCAGGUCAUUCGUAUGUCCUUACAGCUACUGAUUAUUUCACCAAGUGGGUGGAAGCAAUACCAGUAAAGAACACUACUUCUGAAAUAACGGAAUCUAGUAAUAAGAAUCUGAUUACUAUUAUUCGCAAGCUUGUGGAGGAAAAUCAAAGGUCCUGGCAUAAGGCUCUUUUUGAUGCCUUAUGGGCAGACAGAAUUACACCCAAAAGGGCUAUUGCUGGAAGAACAAAGAACACAAGUGGUCGAUCGGAUUGCUCAGCAUCAGCAACAAGUCAAAGUCCUUUUUGA